GGAAAAAGAAAAGGCUUUUACGUAUCUGAAGCGUGGACUUUUUUUCACUAAAAAAGUUGUUACGAUUCAGAUCCGCAAGAAGAGAAAGAGGAAGGAAAACUUAUAAUUUCAGAAUCCAGACAAGCUAAAGCUUUGUCUUUUUUCUUUUCUUUUCUUUUUACACGUUUUUAUGGCGGAUGAGAUGCAGGAGCAGAAGCCGCCGUCGAAAACAGUAGCUUCGUCUAAACGGCCAAUGAUUACUCCACCACCACGGCCGUUCUCGGAGGCGUUAUUCAACGGUGGGGCAGGCUUGAUGGGAUUCAGUCCAGGUCCCAUGACACUUGUUUCCAACUUCUUCUCCGACACCACCGACGAUUCCAAGUCAUUUUCUCAGCUGCUCGCCGGUGCCAUGGCGUCUCCAGCAGCUCAAAAGCUGACCGAAGAGCAGGCUGAAGGUGGAGGAGUUAACACGGGGUUGCGGUUCAAGCAGAAUAAGCCGGCCGGUUUAGCGAUAACUCAACAACCGUCGUCGUUUGUGAUGCCACAAGGAUUGUUGAGCCCUGCGAGCUUAUUGGAAUCUCCAGGAUUUAGUGUGUUUUCUCCUGGUCCCCAGGGACCUUUCGGAAUGACACACCAACAGGCUCUAGCACAAGUCACGGCGCAGGUUGCACAAGCUAAUUCGCAUAUGCAAAUACAUGCCGAUACGGCAACCUCGUUGCAAGACUCUAGUGUUAUGAUUAAGCAACCGUCGGACGUAUCUCAGCCUGAUCAGAGAUCCCAACCUGCUUCUGAUAAGCAUGCCAGUGAUGGCUACAACUGGCGGAAGUAUGGGCAGAAACAGGUGAAAGGCAGCGAAUUCCCAAGAAGUUAUUACAAGUGUACGCAUCCCGGUUGUCCCGUCAAGAAGAAGGUUGAGAGAUCACUUGAUGGCCAAGUCACUGAAAUCAUCUACAAAGGGCAACAUAACCAUCAACCUCCUCAGCAGAAUAAGCGUGCAAAAGGAAACGGAACUUCGAAUAAUCGGGGGAAUUCCGAAUCAACUUCUCAACUUCAUAGUACCAACUUAAACAUAAUUAAAGAAGGGACAUGUUCUUCAAUGUCUAAGAAGGAUCAAGAGUCUAGCCAAGCUACAACCGAUCUUCUUUCCGGGACGAGUGAUAGUGAUGAUGAAAAAGAUGAAGAUGAACCUGAUACCAAAAGACGAAGUAUGGAAAUUAGAGUUUCGGAGCCAUGUUCGUCACAUAGGACUGUUACCGAACCUAGAAUUAUCGUGCAGACAACAAGCGAAGUUGAUCUAUUGGAUGAUGGCUAUAGGUGGCGCAAGUAUGGACAGAAAGUUGUCAAAGGCAAUCCUUAUCCAAGAAGCUACUACAAAUGUACAACCCCGGGAUGCAAUGUCCGUAAACACGUCGAGAGGGCUUCGACUGAUCCCAAGGCUGUUAUAACGACAUACGAGGGAAAACAUAAUCAUGAUGUACCGGCUGCCAGAACUAGCAGCCACAACACCGCCAGUAGUAACGCAACACAAGUAAGAACACAGAAUAUAGUAACCGAUAACAACCACGGUGUAAAUAACAGUGUCGAUUCUACGAAAGAUAGGCAACGACCGGUAGCACGGUUACGGUUAAAAGAAGAACAGGAAACGUAAUGUCUCUGAAUUGCAGCAUGGAAAAUCUGUCAUAUUUCAGGCAAAUGUAAAGCUUAAAAGGUUGUACGUAAAGUAGUUUAGUGCGUGCGUGUAUAUAUAGUGUAAUUUGAUUCUCUUAUUCCAUGCAUUCUUUUGUACAUGGAACAUGCUGAAUUAUGUUGUUUUUGUGAUUGUUGGCCAUUAAUAUGUUUAAAUAAAAAUAAUAAAAUUCUGAGUAA